GGUCGUGUUUAUAUCAGUUAAAGCAAGAAUUUAAAAUUAUUCUAGUGUCUAAAGUGAUUAAUAUUGUCAACUGCAUUAUCGUUUAAACAAACUCAUACAAUUAAUUUCUAAUGUCAUUCCAUACGGUCCGUUAUUAUUGUUCGACGUCAGGACGUUGACAUCGGGGUGUAUUAAAAAAAUAGCACAAGCGGGGUUGCCCGCACUGCGCCGUAUCGAUUGCAGCGCCACGCAGGCGCACGCCGCUACCCUCGAGCCAGUGGCUACGCGACCGGGGUGCCGAGGGUACUCAACAUGCCGAAACCGACGCCAGUGGAGGACCUUAUAAUACCACCACAAGACCAAAAGAUAUGCGGGACAAUAUGCGUCUGCCAAAUGACAGCAGUGCUCAGCGCUGUCGCUAUCGUCUACCUCACAGUCGCUAUUUACAUGCCCUAUACGCGAGCCAUCGCUUCCGGGAUUGACCCCACACCGAUCAUGUGCACCACAACAAGGGCCGUCAACAAAGACAACUGCGACUGGGGAUCGUGUGGAGAAUGGUGCCUCAGCAAGACAUCGGGAGCCUGCAUUCAAAUCUACGUCAACGUCAGAAAGAACGGCACGUCUUUACUCCUGUCAGAAUGCGGCAGUGCAGCCAACAAAACCUGCUACGGCAUCGACCAAGAAAACGCCAGGAAGUAUCACUGCAUUCGAGAUGAAUGCAAAAAUUUGACAGGAACGUUCAACUGUACAGAAGGAAAGUGCAUCAACAUAACAGACGCUUUUGAAUGCGCAUUCAGAGAAACAGAUCCGCCCUUGAAAUGUUCUGGGAGAAGAGGGAAGAUAACUUGUAUAGACGUUCAUGGAUUGUUUUCGUGUAACAGAGGAACUUGUAGAAAAAUACGAACGCCGUACAACUGCGAUCGCCGCUGCGUCGACAUCCCGACCCGCAACAAAAACGUCAUAGUGCUAAGUGGGGACAGGGUUUUUCUCGCAAAAUGUGCAAAACUGGCCAAGAAGAAGGCGGUGAUAGUGUGGAACGAUUCUGGUGAAGAAGUGCUAAUGCUGUCCUGUCACGCUGUGCAUAAUGGCACGUCGGGUGUUGUGGCUGUUGAUUGCAUAAACGCUGCUUUGUUGCCUAGAACUGAGCUGACAGAUUUGACCAAUUUCACGUACCUACAGUAUUUGUAUACCGUACGAGCAGCACCGAAUCGAAUGAUCGCUCCAUCAGAAGUAGAAUUGACAUUGGCCAAUGACAGCCGCUUGAUGAUCAAUCUGGAAGGCUGCGUCAAUACUCUAGCUGAUGAAUGCAAAGAGUUCCUCAAAGAUUACGGGCGAGAUGGCACUGACCAUAAUGCCAAAGCAAGAUUCCCUUGCUUCUACAUGGAAAACAGUCCAGAUACUGUUGUAGCCAGAUUUGAUCUGGAAACAACGUAUCGCCAGUUUCUGGUAGCUCUAGUACUACCCACAGUGUUGGUGGUUGUGUCGUGUAUAACUUUGAUGUUGUGUCAAAAGACUGUAGAAGUAGGUGAUGACGCAAAGAUGCGUUUCAAGGGCUGCACCAGCGGUCAAGCUGAAAUGCAGCUAUCUCCAAAUGAUCCUGUUUCUCCACUCUGAGAUCAGUCACGCGUUCCCCUCCUCUGCGAGGGUCCGGCUGGUUCACUAAGAGACGACUAACCGCUUGCAAUGCUUUCUACUGGCUGAACUCCUCAUGUCUUCGAUGAGCAGAUCCCGGGGGAGCCUCUCCCCAGCCGCCUCCGAGAGAUCCACGCUCCCCAUGGGAGCUUCAGCCGAACCAGGCAGCCCGGAGUUCAAGCCACUAGAACCGACCAGAG